AUGCCACUCCGUUUGACCAGCCCGCAGUUCCGUGCCUUUUCGACAAAGUUCGACAAAUUCGAGCUCUAUGGGGGCCGGUCCAUCCCCGCCAAGAAGCAGCGGUUGAUCCCGACCUCAGGGAGUUAUCCAAAGGGAUUCAACGUUGGCAGCAUCCGCGCUGGCAUUAAGCCUGCCGGUAACAUUCAGCCAGACUUGCUCAUCGUUGCCUCGGAUACGCCGGCAUCAGGUGCCGCAGUCUUGACUAAGAAUGAAUUCUGUGCUGCUUCUGUGACGGUCACCCGCGAGCUUAUGCGCCGUACCAAAGGUGCUGGACUGCGAGGCGUCAUUGCAAACUCGGGGUGCGCUAAUACUCUUACCGGCCAGGCGGGACUUGACGAUGCGACCGCUAUGGGCCGCGGAGCUGCGAAAAGCAUAUCCACUGGAAAUGCCGAUGAGGGAUCAUCUCUGAUGGUUAUGCAUACAGGCACAGGUGCCCAGCGACUGCCGAUCGACAAAAUCCUGCAUCAUAUACCUGAAUUGACUCAAAAGAUGGGAAAUGCACAUGACCACUGGCUCGAGGCCGCGGUCGCCUUGAGCACAACCGACACGUAUCCGAAAUUAAUCUCAAGGACCUUUAGCCUGCCUUCCGCACCGAAAACUAAAUUUUCCCUCGCGGGUCUGACUAAAGGCGCCGGUAUGGUCCACCCGAACAUGGCCACCACGCUAGGAAUCAUUUGCACGGACGCUCCAGUUACACCAACCGCCCUGCAGAUCCUCCUUCGAGGUGCUGCAUCUAAGUCAUACAACUGUAUUUCUAUCGAUGGUGAUACAUCCACUAAUGACAUGGUCACCAUGUUUGCCAAUGGAGCAGCUGCAUCUUCUAGCCAGCUCGCGGUGGACGUCUCUCCAGAGCCGUCGGCUGACUUUGUCGCGCUGCAGCACGUUCUCAGCGGGUUCAUGUCUGACAUGGCUAAGCUGGUUGUACGAGACGCCGAGGGUGCCUCGAAAUUUAUCACGAUUCGGGUGCGUGGAUCACCAUCUUAUGAUGCAGCUCAUCACAUUGCGUCGGUGGUCGCACGCUCUGUGCUCUGGAAAACGGGAAUAUAUGGACUGGAUCCGAAUUGGCAUGGAAUUCUAGCCGCACUCGGAUAUUCGCUUCUCGACACCUCGUUCGCCGGACAGGGUAUUAUCAUCCCCGAGCAGACAUCUGUGAGUUUCAUGGAUGGCCCCGAGGCCGUCAAAUUCUUGGAUCGCGGGGUACCGGUGCCGGUUGACGAAGCCAGGAUAAAACAGAUCAUGGAGAAAGAAGACCUAGAAACUAUUGUGGACUUGAGGCAUGGCACGUCUCAAGAAAUUACCCCCGAGGAGGCAAUUUAUUGGACGUGCGAUAUGACGCAUGAUUUUAUUUCAAUGAACUCGGGAGUUGAAAUUAAUUAG